UCAACGUUUUCUUUUCUUCAAUCCGUCAAAGUUCAAAUACCUUUCUCUCUCUUACGAUACAUACAUCAAUACAGAAAGAGAAACAACUCCCAGCUUUCCUUCAGCUUUCAAUCUCCGAUUGUGCGAACUCUCAAAUUCGUUUCCUUUACUUCUCCUUCCUCGUAGAUCUGAAUCCCACCCCUAUCAUUUCUAAGGGAUUCAGAUCCGCCUCAAUUCAAUUAAUGCAAUGGCGGAUGACAACAAUGGCGUCGAUAUAGAGGCGGGGGACGACAAUGAGAUUGCGGCGGGGAGGGGUUUGGGCGGCCGCCAGUACCGCCCAGUGUUCGCGCACGACAGCGAUAGAGCCGUUCUCGAGAUGUCGGCGAUCGAUCCUACCGCCCGCGCCUCGUCUUCCGCUUCGCUCAGCAAUUCCAAUGAUCUGAAAGUUAAAGUGGCUUCCAAUGGAGACGAUGGUAAUCAUAGAGAUAUCAACGGCUCACAUCCUGAAUCUAAGUUGGAGUUAUUUGGUUUCGACUCACUUGUCAAUAUUUUGGGCCUUAAAAGUAUGGCAAGUGACCAGCAGCAGGCGCCCUCCAGUCCUAGAGAUGGAGAAGAUGCACCCAUUCAUAUUGAGCGUCCAAAGGGGAACAACGUUAAAAUGGGGACAAUGAUGGGUGUGUUUGUGCCCUGUCUUCAAAAUAUUUUGGGAAUUAUCUACUACAUUAGAUUUUCAUGGAUUGUGGGUAUGGCUGGGAUCGGUCAGUCAUUAUUGCUAGUGGCCUUCUGCGGUUCAUGUACUUUUCUUACUACUAUAUCUCUGAGUGCAAUCGCUACUAAUGGUGCAAUGAAGGGAGGGGGACCUUAUUAUCUCAUUGGUCGUGCCUUGGGCCCAGAGGUUGGAGUGAGCAUCGGUUUAUGCUUUUUCCUUGGAAAUGCAGUUGCAGGUGCACUUUAUGUCUUGGGAGCUGUGGAGACCUUCCUCAAUGCUAUACCUGCAGCAGGGAUUUUUAGAGAUACACAAACUUUUGUGAUGGUGAAUGGCACAGAUGUUGCGCAACCUGUUGCUGUUACAAGCCCAAAUUUACAUGAUUUGCAAGUCUAUGGGAUUGUUGUGACAAUCAUCCUAUGUUUCAUAGUAUUUGGUGGAGUCAAAAUAAUCAACCGAGUCGCACCAGCCUUUCUCGUACCUGUUGUAUUCUCGUUGUUCUGCAUAUUUAUUGGGAUAUUCUUGGCGAGGAAGGAUUAUCCUACAGAUGGAAUCACUGGCUUGAGUUUGAAAUCUUUUAGAGAUAAUUGGAGCUCAGCCUAUCAAAAAACUAACAAUGCUGGAGUUCCAGAUCCUAAUGGGAAAAUAUACUGGGAUUUCAAUGCAUUGGUAGGUCUCUUUUUCCCUGCUGUUACUGGGAUUAUGGCAGGUUCAAAUCGGUCUGCCUCACUUAAGGACACUCAGCGCUCAAUUCCUGUAGGGACCUUAGCUGCAACUGUUUCAACUUCAGUUCUAUAUCUGAUUACUGUUCUAUUUUUCGGAGCUCUGGCGACUAGGGAUAAACUUCUGACAGACAGGUUACUUACAGCGACUGUUGCUUGGCCUAUCCCUGCAAUCACAUAUCUUGGCAUUAUUCUCUCAACCUUAGGUGCUGCUCUACAGAGCUUGACCGGUGCUCCCCGGCUACUAGCUGCAAUAGCCAAUGAUGACAUUCUACCUGUCCUUAAUUACUUCAAAGUGGGAGAUGGCAAUGAACCUCAUGCUGCUACCUUGUUUACAGCCUUCAUCUGUAUUGGAUGUGUUAUUAUUGGCAAUCUUGACCUUAUUACCCCAACUAUCACUAUGUUUUACCUCCUGUGUUAUGGGGGCGUGAAUUUGUCCUGCUUUCUUUUGGAUCUUUUAGAUGCUCCCAGCUGGCGUCCCCGAUGGAAGUUUCACCAUUGGAGUCUCUCCCUUUUUGGGGCUGUCAUUUGUAUAGUUAUCAUGUUUUUGAUUUCUUGGGCAUUCACAGUGAUCUCUUUAGCCUUAGCAACACUCAUUUAUUACUAUGUGAGCAUCAAAGGUAAAGCAGGUGACUGGGGCGAUGGUUUUAAGAGCGCAUACUUUCAGCUCGCUCUUCGUAGUCUGCGAUCUUUAGGAGCAAGUCAGGUGCAUCCCAAGAACUGGUACCCUAUCCCCCUCAUAUUCUGCCGGCCAUGGGGAAAAUUGCCAGAGAAUGUUCCGUGCCAUCCAAAACUUGCAGAUUUUGCCAAUUGUAUGAAGAAGAAAGGAAGGGGAAUGUCCAUGUUCGUCUCUAUCCUCGAUGGAGACUAUCAAGAAUGUGCCGAGGAUGCAAAGGUUGCCUGCAGGGCUCUUAGUACGUACAUAGAAUACAAAAGAUGCGAAGGAGUUGCAGAGAUAGUCGUUGCCCCAAGCAUGUCCGAAGGGUUUCGCGGAAUUGUGCAGACUAUGGGUCUGGGAAAUCUGAAGCCCAACAUCGUGGUGAUGCGGUACCCUGAGAUUUGGCGGCGUGAAAAUCUGACUGAAAUACCAGCCACAUUUGUGGGGAUCAUAAACGACUGCAUUGUGGCAAACAAGGCGGUUGUCAUCGUCAAGGGUCUUGACGAGUGGCCUAACGAGUACCAAAGACAGUAUGGGACCAUCGAUCUGUACUGGAUUGUACGAGACGGUGGUCUGAUGCUGCUUCUGUCCCAGCUCCUCCUCACCAAGGAAAGCUUUGAGAGCUGCAAGAUUCAGGUCUUCUGCAUUGCGGAGGAGGAUUCGGACGCAGAGGAACUCAAGGCAGACGUGAAGAAGUUCCUCUACGACCUCCGCAUGCAAGCUGAGGUGAUUGUUGUCUCGAUGAAGUCAUGGGAUCCCCAAGCAGAGCAGCAGCAGGAGGAAUCAGUCGAGGCGUUCGCCUCUGCUCAGGAGAGAAUUGGUGCUUAUCUCGGCGAAAUGAAGGAGAAGGCUCGGUUAGAAGGUGCUCCGUUGAUGGCAGACGGGAAGCAGGUCAUCGUCAACGAGCAACAAGUCGAGAAGUUCCUCUAUACCACUCUGAAGCUGAACUCGACGAUACUCCGGUACUCGAGAAUGGCAGCGGUGGUGCUCGUGAGUCUCCCUCCGCCGCCGCAGAACCACCCUGCAUAUUUUUACAUGGAGUAUAUGGAUCUCUUAGUUGAGAAUGUGCCUAGGCUUUUGAUAGUGCGAGGAUAUCGGAGAGAUGUUGUCACUUUGUUUACAUAGUUUUUUUUUACUUACAAACACUCAUUUUUCUCUCUGGAAAAAAAAAGAUAUAUUCUGCGAUUUAUUUUUUUAUUCACUCUCCUACUACUUAUCUGUUCCUAGAACUAGAGUUAAUUAAAAGAAUUUUUUUUGUUGAUUUGUUAA